ACCAGUCCUACUGGCCACAUGGAUUUAAAGGGAGUGCUUGAGGUUCUAGAGCAACUUGUUCCACUGUUACUGGCUGAAUCGUGGGAUAAUGUCAGUCUGUUGGUGGAGCCCAACAAACCACGUCCAAUCAAAACAAUCCUACCAACCAAUGACCUUACAGUGGCUGUCAUGGACAAAGAUGAGGCGAUAAAUUGCGACCUCAUUAUCUCAUACCACCCAGUUAAUUUUGACCCUUUAAUAAAAUCUUUGGAAAAGCUGGCCAGUAUUGAGAUCACUUCUCAAGUUUCCUCGGUAAGCAGCUCUGACAUUAGCAGCACGGUGGAAACGGUUGCAGUAUGUGCAGGGUGUGGAGCUUCUUUCAUACAGGGAGUAAAAGCAGAAUUCUACAUCACAGGUGAGAUGUCCCAUCAUGAGGUUCUAGAUGCUGUUUCCAAAGGGACCAGUGUGAUGCUCAGUGAACAUAGCAACAGUGAGGAAGGCUUCUUGGCCAUAUUCAAAGAGAGGUUAAAAGUGCGACUGGGCGACACGGUUACCGUGGCGAUCUCGCAAAUAGACCGAGAUCCAUUACAGGUGGUCUGAUCUCAUCCAGUC